AUGUGGCUCCCGGUGGUAAUGGAUUUACGACUCCCAAUUCUCUGUUUGCUGAUAGUGGCAGAGAUGUCCCUAUGCCUUCGAAACGUGCGUGUGACGGUACCGACGGCCGUUCGGAAGGGCGAAUCGGCCCAGCUGUUUUGCUACUACGAGCUGGAGGACAAGGAGCGGCUGUACUCGAUCAAGUGGUACAAGGGAAAGCGCGAGUUCUACCGGUACACGCCGCAGGAAAAUCCAUCCAUGAAAGUUUUCAACCUGGACGUCGAGCGUUCCCUUUCGAACCAAAGUCACGUCGUCAUAAAGGCGCACGAAACGAACGUAACGGGGAAAUAUAGCUGCGAAGUGUCCGCCGAUGCGCCCUCCUUCCACACGAUGAUAGUCUCCGGCGACAUGGAGGUUAUAGAACCACCGCCGGAAAAACCAUCAAUAACGGGCCUGCAGAGUCGGUACCGACCGGGCGACAUCCUGCGGGGCAACUGCACCUCGAUUAAUUCUAAACCGCCAGCAAAUCUGACGUGGACGAUUAAUGACGUACCGAUUAUACAACAGUACAUCAAACAGUACCGACCGAUAAAGGACACCUACACUGGGCUGGACACUUCGAUCCUCGGCAUCAACAUUCUGGUCGCUCACUCGCACUUCGUCAAGGGAAAGCUAAAGAUCAAAUGUCAGGCGACCAUUCAUCAAAUUUACGACGAAAGUAGCGAAUGGCAUGUGGAAGAGGAUCGGCCCCGAAUACUGGCGACAGGUUCGUCGAGUGGCCACAACCUCAACCAGCUGUACCAGAACUCUGUUUACGAUGGUGAGCAGCCGGACCAGAGUGACAUGUACUUAAAGGUGAACGGAUACAAAGCGGAUAAAACACCUCCAUCGUCCUCUUCUGCGGCAAAACAGGUCGGAGCGUACGUUAAGGUGGGCUGGAUCGCAUUCUACAUCUGCACGAUCUGCUCCGUUCUGCUGUACUCGUUGCGUGUCGGAAUCUCCUGACUGUACAAUCUGAAGGAAGUUAUCAAAAUCUAAAUCGGGAUGAGCUAAGCGACGAGUUACGUGCGAAAAACAUUAGCGCUUCCGGGAGUGAAUCGAAUAAACGGAAUUAUUUUUUUUUUAAAGAGCAGUUUUACGGUACCGAUAGUUCUUCGGUAGAGGGUUGUUGUUGAUAGUGUCAGAUAAACUGCUCAAGGAAGUUGUUUGCGGACAGGAUAAUGCCUUGUUGUAAGAAAGCAAAACUUGUUUAAUCAGCUGUGUAGGGCAAAGAAAUAGGAAGAAACACCCAGAUAGUGUAUUGAAUAGGAAAAAUCUAGAGUAGCCAAAUUGAAUACAAACUAAAACAAACUAUAGUACAUAAUGCAACCUUUCUAAUCACUUGGAGUGCUGGAUAAAUGGUUUAUAAGAUCAGUUUGGAUAGAGUGUAUAAUUUAAACCAGAAGUACAGACAGAAGUAUAAUCACCAAAGGAAUGAUGAAGGAACAGUGUAGAAUAAAAUGUUAAGAAAGACGUGUAAAUAAAAUAGUACUAUCGUAUUUGAUUGGUAUCUGUAAAUUGUUAUCGUCGUAGAUUUUUGAAGCAAACGUGCCCAAGAAAUGCCAAAAACGAAUAUUUAACAAAGAUGUCAUUUAUUUCUUAGUUAAUUUUUCCAAACCAAAUCUGUUUAGCAAAAGAUGUUGUAAAUAGGUAUAGAAACUUAAGAGAGGCUUUGGUUUUCAGUUAAGAAAAAAGAUAGCAGUUGAAGCAAUGAUGUUUUGAUGUAAUAAUUGUGCAGUACAUCAAGAGAUGAAAGCUUGGUACAUUGAAGAAAUAAAGUUAGAUGAUAAAUU